AUACCAAAUAAGGCUACAAUGUUGACCUUAGGCAAAAUUCUUUUGAUUUCAAGCUUGUAUAUUUCACUACCAUUUUGGAGUCAUGCGAAACCAAAUUUAGAAAAAAGUGUAGCACGAAGCAUUGCAGAAGCUUUGAAAACGAUGGAAAAUCAAUCCAUUUCUUUGGCAAGUGACACUAACUUAAAUUCAAAUACAGAAAAUAGAAACAACUCCAAUCUCAAGGCAAGUAUUUCACCUUUUUUAAAUACAUCAGACAAAAUCCAUGAAAUAACAAAUUCCUCCAGUAACUUGGCAAUAGACAACAUUACUGAGAGUCCAAUACCCACACCGACGCCUUCCACAAGCUCUCCUUUGAUUCACGGCAUUGUUUCUAGAUUGCCUUGGAACUCGACUAUAGCAGACAAACAUUUUUUGCCAGUCUCAGCACAUCCAAACGCUACAAGUGUUGUAUCAUCAGAAAGACUCCCUUGGUCUUUGGACAAUGAUACCCUGAAAACUCCUGGCAACAAUUCCACUACAGUGAGCAUCCUGCCUCCAGCACCAACUACAAAGUCUGUGACUCCCCUGACCACGGAAACAACCGAAUGGCUUACCACAAGUAGUGACAGCUUUGCCGGGUUUACCCCCUACCGUGAAGAAACAACCUUACAGCCCACGGUACAAUUCACCAAUAAUUCAAAAAUUGUUCCAAAUACUUCAGACCCCCAAAAAGAGAAUAGAAAUACAGGAGUAGUGUUUGGGGCAAUUUUAGGUGCUAUUCUGGGUGCCUCAUUGCUUAGUCUUGUUGGCUACUUAUUAUGUGGAAGAAGGAAAACGGACUCAUUUUCCCAUCAACGGCUCUAUGAUGACAGAAAUGAACCAGUUUUGAGAUUAGACAAUGCACCUGAACCUUAUGAUGUGAGUUUUGGGAAUUCUAGUUACUACAAUUCAACUGUGAAUGAUUCCUCCAUGCCAGAAGGCAGAGAAAAUGCACGGGAUGGCAUUCCUAUGGAUGACAUACCUCCACUUCGUACCUCAGUAUCAAACUAA